AUGAGAGCCACCGAAGACGUCCUGCGUCCCCUGUGGGAUGAACUCCUGGCCAUCCGAAUUGGACAGAAGAGCCUACUUGUGGGGACGAGCUGGGUUGCAGGUAGUUUGGCUGUCCUGCUCCUAUUCUGUGCACUUUCCAUGGACUCUUGGCUCUUCACAGUUGAGCGGGAACCAGACGAGGCCUCAAACGGCACCUAUCUCAUCACCCUUCAUUCCGGACUGUGGCGAGUUUGCAAAAAGCAUCAGUACCUAAAUGAUGUUGGGAAGAACACACAGUGGAAUUUAUCAUGGCGUGAGUAUCCUGCCAUCUUUUGUGUAAUUCCACUUUUCACAUGCCGUCCAACAAGUUUUAUCUUCUAUAGACACACAUUUUGA